AUGGUGGCUUGUAAAGAAGUUGUGGAUUGGAUUUUAAGGGUUAAACCGCAUUAUGGGUUCUCUGCUUUGACCAUUUUUCUCACGAUGAAUUACUUUGAUAGGUUGAAUUUCAUGGUGGCAAAGAUGGGCUGGGACCCGAAGGUGUGGGAAGAUCCCAUGGCGUUCAGGCCAGAGAGAUUCUUGAGAGGUAGUGAUGGAGGAGGAGGGGGAGUGUUUGAUAUAACGGGAAGCUGGGAGAUUAAGAUGAUGCCAUUUGGGGCUGGGAGGAGGAUGUGUCCUGGCUCUGGUUUGGCAAUGCUUCAUUUGGAGUACUUUGUUGCCAAUUUAGUAUGGAAUUUUGAGUGGAAGGCUAUGAAUGGUGAUGAUGUUGAUUUGUCAGAGAAGCAAGAGUUCACUAUGGUGAUGAAGGAUCCAUUGAAGGUCAAUCUAUCUCCCAGAUUGUGA